AUUUAGGCUCUUAUCUCCUGAUCUAUUUCUAAACAUGACAUCCCGGCAAAACUUUUCGUCAUUUAACUAAACAAACAAUUUGACGUCUUUAUGCAAAACAAAAUGUUCCCACACAAAUGGAAAGUUCUUAUCUCCAAACUAGUUUAUUUUGAUGAUAUAUCUGCAUCUCCAAUACAUGUAAUAAUAGGCUUUAAAUGUACAAUAUCUUACAGUGUACUACAUGUUUGUGAUGAUACAACUCUCUGCAGCAGCUUUGAAACGUCAGAGGUGGGGAACGGACAUGAGUGACUGCAAACGAAAAAACACUUUUCCUUUAGUGACAGGAAGCUGAUUUGAAUUGCUUUCCCUGACGGGCAGCAAAGCAGCCACAGUGUCCGGUUUGUUUCGGCGGCCAUCCACAAAUGUGUGGCUUGUUGCAGAAAGAGAAGCUGUUCCCGCUGGAGGCAGUGGAAGGUUUUGAGUGUCGACAUUCUGUGGUGUAAUUGGCAGCUUGGCCACAACUCUGUCUCAAUGUGGUGGAGUUAGGGUUUGUUCGUAAUUAUUAGAAAAAAGGAGCAUUGUCGCAUUGGAUCCAAAUACAAAAUGUUGGGAUCUCCCAACUCGCCAAUGGUUUAAGCACUCUGGACUCUCCCUGUGCUUUUAUUUUGGUAGACCAUGUGAUUCAACCUAUCUACUGAUUGGAUUUUUCUGUAAUCAUUUGAAUGUAGGUGAGGGGGAAGUUGUUCAGUUGAGCCUCUCCUCCACAUCUUACAUUAAAACUGAAUUUAUUUUAUUUUUUACUUUGAGUCUUUCUCUGCAUCCAGUAGGGCAGAACGGAUGCCCAGCUUCUUCAGUUCAUCAACUAGAUCUCCGUUUUGAUGCAUCUGGAGCAAGAUGUCGCAGCCUCCCACAAACUCCCCUUGGAAGUAGACCUGUGGGAUCGUGGGCCAGUUGGAGAAGACUUUGAUUCCUGGAAACAGAGGAGAAUUCUUAGAAGGUACAAUGGAGGAGAAAAGGAAAUGAGAAUGCCUGAUAGCCGGGAUUCACAGGGAAAAGCAGCAGAAGGGAUCAGAGAUCCAAUUGGACUACAGAAAGAUGAGAGAAAAGCGGUUCAGAAGAGAACCUUCACCAGAUGGAUAAACAUCUUUUUGCAGAGACAUGAAGCACCACUUGAAGUGGGCGACCUUUUUGAUGAUAUUCAGGAUGGAAAAGUGCUCAUGGUGCUGCUGGAGGAGCUGACAGGGUGCAAGCUACUUUACAGGUUUCGAACCCCUUCCCAUCGCAUUUUCAGACUGAAUAACAUUUCCAAGGCUCUAGCUUUCCUGGAUGACAGACAUGUGAAGCUGCUCGGCAUUGAUGCUUCCAGUAUCGCUGACGGCGUUCCCUCCGUUGUUCUCAGUCUCAUUUGGGACAUUAUUCUUCAUUUCCAGGUAAAGAAGGUGACUGGAAGACUCCAGAGGCGUUUGUCCUCCAGCCUGUCUUCCUUGUCGUCUGAAAAUGACCUGCAACCUUCUACAGAUGACAGCGGCUGCUAUUCCUGCAACUCCCUUCCGAGAAAAAGCAGGAAGUCGGAACAAGAGCCAAAGUAUCAUGGCAAAGCAAUCAGAAUGCUCCUACAGUGGGUUCAAAAAUGCACAUCAAAGUAUGGUGUUGACGUCCAUGACUUUGGAAGGAGCUGGAAGUCUGGUCUGGCUUUCCUAGCACUGAUCAAAUCCAUAAACCCAGACUUGGUGAAUCUGAGGGAGAGUUUGUCCAAACCGCCAAAAGAAAACCUCCAGCAGGCCUUUACAGUAGCUCACUGCAGUUUGGAAGUGCCGCCUCUACUGGAGCUUGAAGAUGUAAUAUCCGAUUGGCCGGAUGAGCGGUCCAUCGUAACCUAUAUUUCUAUGUUCCUGGGACUUUGGUCGGACAUAGAUCAGAAUCAAACACCAGAUUCUGAAGUUUUUGAGACUCCCAACUUUGGAUCAGCCCAGUCCACAGAGACUAUCACUCAACACUCCAAAGCCCAAGCUUUGCUUGAAGGUUUUGAAAGUAGCAGCGAACUGCAGCUGUGGAAGCGGUGGUCAAGGAAAUCUUCUGGAACCUCUCCCGCCACUACCUCCUGCAUCUCUCCUCUUAGAGCUCUGAAGCUGCCGAGUCCACUGAAUGCAAAAGCAGUUGACCAGGAGGUCCAAAUGUGGGUCAGCAAAGGUUUGGACUGGAGGAAUGAAAGCCAGGGAGGGCUUGAAAGUCCAGUUUCCUUUGCUUCAGAAGACGGGAGCCUGUCAGCGUUGGACUCUGACGAGGAGGACGCAUACAGCUAUAUUCUGGAUCUGAAUGAAGAUGUUUCACAACCGCAUAAGGCGCUGAAAAAGCAAGUGUCAAAAGUGGAGGAGGAAACGGUGGAGGAAAUGAGAGAGGAGCUAAAACACACCGAAGGAAACAAAACUGUAAAUGGGAACGGGUUUCAGCCCAAUUGGAGCUUAGAUUUCCACUCAGAAUUUGAAGUUGGGGGUCACUCGGAAGUUCAGAGAGAUUUUGAGUUAAACAAAAAUAAAAAAAGCUUCAUAGAAAUGAAAAAAAGAGCAAUUUCAUCAGAGAUGAACAAGAACACACAGGAAACAUCUGUGGAAGAUAGAGAUGGAGAUAAUCAUGAUGGAGAGAAGCAGAGGGAGGUGGAAAUGGGCACGGAGGAUGCAACAAGUAGAAAGUUAGAAGAAAAAAGCUCAGAGAGACUUGAUGUUGCUGAAAUAAGUUCAGCAGAGUGCCUUAAGGAGAAACCAGAGGAGGAGGAAGCUCCACUCGUGAUGAAAUCCCCUCCAGCUAUGAGCAGGAGCACUACACUGGAAAUAAGAGGAUCCAAUGAUCUGAUCAUAGCAACGGUCCAGUCUGGUGAGGACACCCAGGAAAAGCACAGUGAAGACCCCCACGAUGGCAAAACGAGGCCAACCUCUGUAUGGAAUGCAGCUUCACCGACAUUCAGCAGCAAAGAAAGGCUCUCCCCUCCCUCUUUAGCAGCCUCCUGUGGCCUAACCCCAUUAGAGCUGGAAAUGCUGCUGCUCCUCUGGAUCCUCCUCUACUGCUUCUUCAUCCUGCCUCACAUGAAUCCCUAAUCUCUCUGCUCCGUCACAUUAGCCCAGUUUCCACUAAUGAGUCAAACAGGGGCAAUAAGAGCUGGACUAAUUCUCUAUCUGAGGAAGAAUUUUCCUUUUUUUUUUUUUUUUUUUUUGUUAUUAAUUAUGUUUGCUUCUUGCUGUCAGGGAUUUUUUAUUUAAUAAGAUUACACUCAGUUCAGAUAAACCUCCUAAAGCUUUAAUCCUUGCAAUUACAUAUAUUUUCAACAUCAUUAGAGGUGAUUUGUGAGCUUGUUGUUGAGUCAAUGAGCAAACCACUGUUUGUGUGAAGUUUCUCCCGGAACUGCUUACAUUUGGCCACACGGUGGCACCGCAGCGCCACAACUGCCAAGAGGAGCACUCAAACGCCUGCUGAGAAUCCCCACAUGAUCUGCUGUUUAAUUAGAAGCUGAGAUUAGGCUGAUAAUAUUUAAUAACGGCUUUGACAUUUUGCAGACUCUCAGUGGGUCACUCCUGGCGCAGCAUCGACACUGUUUCCAUGUUUUCAUCUCACUUCUACCACUUGAUGGUGAAGCUUCACUUUCUCGAUCUAAAUUUGGUUUUACAAGUUUUUUAUGCACGUUUUGUUGGAAUAGUGAAAUCACAAACCAGUGGAAAAUAAAGAAGCAAGCAGUUA